AUGGAAGGAUCAGAAGUGAAGGAGGAAACACUACCACCGGGGUUUCGGUUUCAUCCCACGGAUGAAGAGCUCAUUACUUACUAUCUCAUGAAUAAGAUUUCGGAUGCUAAUUUUACAGGAAGAGCCAUUGGAGAUGUUGAUCUCAACAAGUGCGAGCCGUGGGAUCUUCCAGGGAAGGCAAAGAUGGGAGAGAAAGAGUGGUAUUUCUUCAGCCUUCGUGACCGGAAGUACCCAACUGGAGUGAGAACAAACCGAGCAACGAACACCGGUUAUUGGAAGACCACCGGCAAGGACAAGGAGAUCUUCAACAGUGUAAGCUCAGAGUUAGUUGGGAUGAAGAAGACAUUGGUGUUCUACAGAGGGAGAGCUCCCAGAGGAGAGAAAACCAAUUGGGUCAUGCAUGAAUACCGUCUUCAUACCAAAACCGGCUUUAGAACCACCAAGGAUGAAUGGGUAGUUUGCCGCGUAUUCCAGAAGAGCGCUGGCGCGAAAAAGUACUCCUCAAACCACACAAGAGCAGUGAAUCCCUACAACCUGGAAAUAGGUCCAAGUCAUGUGAUGCCAUCCCAGAUGAUGCAGGGCGAGGCUUGCCAGUUCCCUUUCGGAAGAAACUACAUGAGCAAUGCAGAACUGGCGGAGCUCCAAAGGGCUCUAAGUCUAAGAGCCGGCUCAACAAGCACCAUGAACAUUCCGGUCCAAUCCCAGGUACUAAACUACCCGGUGGGAGCUGGAGGCAGCUGCUUCACCAUAUCCGGCUUGAAUUUAAACCUCGGUGGUGCAACCUCAGCGCAGACAAUUUUGCGCCCAAUGCCACCACAACCCUCCAUGAAUAAUCAGCAGCAGGAUUUGAAUUCCACCAUGAUGAGUGCUGGUGGUCUUGCUGGAAGUGAUCAGGCAGUUAAUUAUAGUGGUCAUGAAAUGAAUAAUGGAAAUGGUCCUACCAACAACAGGUUUAUGACCAUGGACCAUUGUGUUGAUCUAGAUAAUUACUGGCCGACCUAUUGA